GGGAUAUUCAAACACGUUUUGAAUGUCGAUCGAAAAGCAUACACUCAAAAUUCCAAAAAGCACAAGCCCAACGCCCAAGCGCCAUAAAUUAUUUCAAGCCGUCCUUCAGCUCCGAUCGGGUAAAAAAUAACGGCAACAGACCUUCUCACAUGGACGGAGGAGGGGAUAACCAGCUGGCAGUGAGGUCCUUGGGCAGGCAGCGUGAAGCGUUUUCUCACUACGCCGGUCCACCCACGGCCAUCCUCCAAGGACCCGAUCCUGGCCGAGGAGACGCACUUGACCUGCAAAUAGCUGUACAAGCCUUCAUCCUGGCCGAACUCGCCGAGGAUUCUGGGUUCGAGUCUGGUAGCGAAGGCGAUUAGCAGAAUAGCAAGGUCUUCCAGGACCUAAGAAGUAAAAUGAUACUUUAGUAAAUAGCACCCAAGUAUAAUCAUUCAUGAUUUACACCCAUGGAAACGGAUGUCUGAAGGAAAUUCACUGACUUAACUAAUGUUGCACCAAAAGAAGAUGACGCUGUAGAAAAAUCUUAGCAAUUGUUAAUGUAUACAGCUUUGCUAAACCUUUUUGUUACUGCUUUAGCCCCGAAGGGGCUACAGGAACUUCUCAACCGCUUUCGAGUUGCAGAGUAACCACAAAUCACGCCGCUGCCCUGCUGUGCGGCUCCAGGUCUUCCUGGGCAGAGGAAACCGCAUCCAAGUGAGAUCCAGCUCCAGUCCCCUGAGCUGCCGUGGAGUCGCCGUCCAGGGCGUU